CAAAAUUCGUUCCCCUUUGACGCUGAAAGCCAGACAUUAAGCAACCCUAAAACCUAACCAUCUCCGCUCCAUCGCUGUCAGCCUGUCACGAAUCCUCUCCGUCUCCGGCGUCUCAAAGUCUCGGCGAAGGCAUAUCCGGCGUCAUCAGACAUCAGUGCAUCGAGGACUUCGUCAGUUCUCAAACGCUGACUUGUUUGUAUUCGAAGGGCAACGGCUUCAUCAGUUCUUCCGUCUUCAACGGUCUGUUCGGUCGCCGACUUCAUGCUUUAGAAUCUUGCUGAGCAGCCCAAGUGUAGUGUGACAGACCUCAAUCGCUUGGUGGGUAGUGAAGGGAGCAAUAUUGUGCAUAAAAAAUGAGCAACUCUGCUGCUGGGCAAUCCUCAAAAUCAAAAGCAGGAUCCUCGCAGCCUAAUGAAACAACUUCAUUCAAGCGCAAGCGUGGAGUCUUUCAAAAAGAUUUGCAGCACAUGAUGUAUGGUUUUGGUGAUGAUCCUAACCCACUUCCAGAAACUGUGGCACUUGUGGAGGACAUAGUUGUGGAAUAUGUCACAGAUUUGGCACAUAAAGCGCAGGAUAUUGGAUCAAAGAGGGGAAAGUUAUCAGUUGAGGAUUUUCUGUAUUUAAUCAGAAAGGAUUUGCCGAAACUUAACCGCUGUAAAGAAUUGCUGUCAAUGCAAGAGGAGCUCAAACAAGCAAGGAAAGCUUUUGAGGUUGAUGAAGAGAAGUUGGCGUCAGUAGAGUGAUUGAUAUGUGAGACCUACAGAUGGGAUGGUUGUGCUAUGCUGAUUCAUUUUCCUUUGAGAAACUGUUGUUUUGUAUGUAAAGUGAAAGAGGUGCUCCUAUCAAGUUAGUGUGCGUGCUUAAGCCUGAGGCUCUUUCACUGCAAGUGACCUUAAUUAUGAAGUGAGGCACAUUUUAGGGUUUCUCAUCUUAGAUAAACGAACUGUUCUGUAUUUACAAGCUACAUUCAUUAUUUAUGGAGGAUAUUUUAUAUUGA